AUGGGUAAAAGAAAGUCAUCCUCACGUAAACCAGCAAAGAAAAUCAAACAAACACUUGAUACCACAUUCACAUGUUUGUUUUGUAAUCAUGAGAAAUCAGUUAUUUGUACAAUAGAUAAGAAGAACUUAUUAGGUGAAUUGCAUUGCAAAAUAUGUGGGCAAAGUUUUCAAACUGCUAUACAUUCAUUAUCACAACCAGUAGAUAUAUAUAGUGAUUGGAUUGAUGCUUGUGAGGAUUUAGCUGAAGAAGCAGAAAAACAUGGUAAUGAUGAAGAAGGUGACGUCUACUCUGACGGGGACGAUAAUACGGCUACCAAUAAUAAUUCUGGAAGACAUGAGAAAGAUCCCAUUCUAGAUUCUGAGGACGAAGACGAUGAAAAUUUUUAA